CCCACCGCGGGCACCGCGCAGGGCCCCGGCGAGAGCGAGUACUCGGAGCCGUGCGAGGGGGAGCAGGAGCCGGCGCCCGAGGGCGGCUGCGAGGAGCCCGCGGAGGCCGCAGGGGCCCGGCGGGGGCGGCCGCGGCGGGGCCCGCAGCUCUACGACACCCCCAGUGAGGAGUGGGAGGCGGCCGGGGACGGCCCCGGCGCGGGCGGCAGCCGCGAGAGCCGCGAGAGCCGCGAGAGCCGCCUGCCCCGGGACGACGAGCGCCCGGCAGAUGAGUACGACCAGCCCUGGGAGUGGAAGCAGGAUCACAUCUCCCGGGCGUUCGCAGUGCAGUUUGAGAGCCCCGAGCGCUCCCCCAGCCUGUCCCGGCAGCUGCAGCGGCCCCCCCCGGGCACCAGCUGCCCCCCCAGCCCCCGGCACGUGGACGCCUCACUCCCGCUGGAGAAGCAAGUGUGGUACCACGGCCCCAUCGGGCGGGCGGGCGCCGAGACGCUGCUGGCGCUGUGCCGGGAGGGCAGCUUCCUGGUGCGGGACUGCGAGACCAGCCCCGAGGACUACUCCCUGUCCCUGAGGAGCAGCCACGGCUUCGUGCACGUGAAGCUGACGCGGACACGGGAGCACCACUUCACGCUGGGCCGCGCCGGCGCCGCCUUCCCCUCGGUGCCCGCGGCCGUGCGGCACUACACAGCGCGGGCACUGCCCGUGCGCGGCGCCCGCCACCUCUCCCUGCUCUACCCGGUGGCCGUGCAGCCCCUGUGAGCAGCAGAGA